AUGAGAGCUUCCUAUAAAUUACGAUAUUCCUGUACCCUAUUAUUACAGAAAAAAGAAAAAGUCGAGAACCAAAUAAAAACAUCAAAACUAAAUCACGUUGAGGAAAAAAACAACAAUGUCCCUGUGAAUGGUGCUACCCAACCAUCAAAAAAACGCAAAAUAGAAAACGAAGUUAUUAAAAAGACAAAAAAUAACACAGUACCUAAUACAAAAAAGAAGAAAACUGAAGACGAAUAUGAAAUACCUGAAACAGAGAACUUUGAUGAAAUACUAUUGAACGCUAAAAAGAAAAAGUUCAACGCAGUCAUAGAAAAUGAUGCCAAGGAAGACUUGUUAUUCUCUGAACAGAAACAAAUCACUCAGAAGAAAAAUAAACUUAAAAAGAUACUUAAUAACAUAAGUAUAAAUGAUAAGUCCACGGAGAGAGUAACAAAUAUAAAUAAUGAUAUCAGUGAGAGCAUUCCCGUCAACCCCAAGAAGGCUAAAUUGCGAUCUUUAUUAGAAAGCAGUAGUCAUAGAAACUCUAUUAAUGUUAGUAAAACUGGUAAUAAGCUGAGAGACAGAAUGUUAGAGCGGUUAAAAGCCGCCCAGUUCAGGUAUUUGAAUGAGAAGCUGUACACAUCUUCAGGGUCUGAAGCCCAGCAGUUGUUCCAGAGUGACCCGGCUGCUUUCCAGACAUACCACCAGGGAUAUCAGCUGCAGGUCAAGAAAUGGCCUGUCAAUCCACUUGAUGUUAUUGUCAAGAAGAUUAUGAAAAUGCCUAAAACCCACCUAAUAGCUGACCUAGGCUGUGGCGAGGCAGCCUUAUCCCGCCGUGUGCCUCACAAGGUCCGCUCCUUCGACCUCGUGGCGUCGGCUCCCGGCGUGGAGGCGUGUGACAUGGCCCGCACACCGCUGCUGUCUGCAUCAAUGGAUGUUACUGUGUACUGUUUAGCGUUGAUGGGCACGGAUCUAACGCAGUACCUCGUGGAAGCUAAUAGGGUGCUGAAGAUGGGAGGCCACCUCCUAAUAGCCGAAGUAGAAAGUCGGUUCGACAAAGUGGAGGACUUUGCUAAAGAAGUAGAACGGCUCGGCUUCAAACUUAAACAGUUGGACAAGAGUAACAAAGUGUUCUUCUUUAUGGAGUUCAGUAAGAUCCGAGACCCGCCUGUUAAGAAGGCCAAACUACCCGCCUUGACGCUCAAACCUUGCUUGUAUAAGAGACGAUGAAUAAAAUUGUUAAUGGUA